AGGUCCCCGUGGACAAGUCCCAGAUGAGCCAGGCAGUGCUGGUGUGCACGGCGCACAUCCACUGGGACCCAGAGUUCUGCGACGUCAAACUCAUACAGACCAUCAUGCUGAUGAGUGAGAUCCGGCAAAUAGUGUCACAGAUCGUGGAGGAGUCCCAGCACAGGUCACGACCCGGCCGCAAGAUUGACCCCAACUCCAUCCAGCUACUUCUUUGUGGGGACCUCAACUCGCUCCCAGAUUCAGGUGUUGUUGAGUUCUUAACAAAAGGCAACGUCUCCAUGGACCACGAAGACUUCAAGGGCUUUGGGUACAAGACUUGCCUGCAGAAGAUAGCAAUGACCAAAAACAACAAUUCCCUCGUUAACACCGCUGCCAACAUCUACACUCACUCCUUCAGGCUGUCGGCAGCUUAUGACUUUUCUAUCAUGGCUUAUACAAAUUAUACGUAUGACUUCAAAGGAAUUAUCGACUAUAUUUUCCAUAGUGCUGACACCAUGUCAGCUCUUGGGGUACUGGGCCCCAUUGACCCAGAAUGGUUCAGAGACAACAAAGUCAUGGGCUGUCCACACCCUCACAUCCCAUCAGAUCACUUUUCCUUACUCGUGCAACUUGAAAUGCGACCUGCGACCUCAGCCCUGGGUCACCCCAACGGACUCCUUCACCGGUAGCCUGUGGCAGGCAACACCCCCCAUCCUAGCCAUCCCACCAUCACCACCACCACCACCACCACCACCACCACCACCACCACCACAACAACACUCCCACCCCACCCUCACCACCACCACUCCCUCCACCACCACCUCCCCCACUACCACUAACACCAACAUCAACACCAUCCCAGACAUCACAGGGGCACAGUCCACUCCCCCCUGGCCCCCGUGGCGGUGCGCUGCCCCCGGGGAGGCCAAGCCGUUGACUUACUGCUAACACUCAUUUUGUGAGGAACAUUUCAGUUAAAUCAACACUGUGCUUUUACAAGGCCCAGGUGGUGCGGCAGCCACACCCGCCCUGCCCAGCUGGCCGGGGGUCAGGUGGUGCGGCAGGUGGGUGAAGAAGUCACACCUGCCCUCCCCAGCUGGCUGGGGGUCAGGUGGUGAGGCAGGUGGGUGAAGCAGCAGCCCUGGCCACACCUGGCCUCCCCAGCUGGCCAGGGGUCAGGUGGUGCAGCAGAUGGGUUAAGAAGCAGCCCUGGCCACACCUGCCCUCCCUAACUGGUCAGGGGUCAGGUGGUGCAGCAGCAGCCCACCUGGCCUCCCCAGGGGGUGUAGCAGCAGCCACACCCCCCCUUGGCUGGGGCCACCCCUGCCGGCGCUGGCGGGAGGCGCCUCCUGGCAGCCUAAGGUGUAUGGGUGUCACGGUACAAAGGAAACAUUGUUUGACAUUUUUAAAGGUGAAUGGAUGCAUGUCUCGACGUUGUUUUGAAGUAAGUGGGGCUUGAACUCGUACAAAAGUAGAGCUGAUAGGUAGGUCUGACCUUAACUUUUGACUGUGCCCCUCAUCUUGCCUUUGGCUUCCAAGCUUGUGUGUGUCACCUUCAAAAGAAGCACACAGGCAGCCGCCACUCCGAUCUCAUGUGUGUUCCGACGGGCCCAGCCUCCCUUCAUCCUUUAUUUUCGCUGGCGUGUUCCCCGCUUACUCCCACAUAGCAUCCAGGUCCCAACGUCCACCAAUGAUUUGGAAAACUCCACGCUGCUGCUGUCGUUAAUCUGGGACGACCACCUGCGACCCACCUCACUGCCACCUGCCACCCGCAUCAGAAGUCGCUCCCCCGCCUCAUCCCUCCAUCCUCACAGAGGCGGGCCAACCCGUUGGCUCGCCUCCAUCGACUCUUGCAUGCUCCCACUCCCUCAUACUGCCUUCAAAUUAUUUACGACUACAACUGUUGCACAGAAAACGUAGCCUCCCCUGACUGUGUGAUUUGUGUUCUUACCUGCUGAGUCUCAUGGUAGCGUUCGUCCCGAAGCUGCAGCCCAGACUUGAGACGUCACCUCCGUUGUGUGGCUGCUUCCCACCACCACCUGACGCCCGAAACACGCACCGCCACCACUCAUACUAGCUGUUCCCGAAGGCUUUCUCUUAGCUAUUUUUUUAGUGUGUGUCUGAGUGUGCCUGUGUGUGUGUGUGUGUCUGUGUGUAUUUAUCUAGUUAUAACAGCAGGAUUUGGGCAGUGCUUGUGUGUGUGUGUGUUUGUGUGUACAUGAUUUUGUAUUUACCUAGUUGUAACAGGUUUCGACCAAUGCUUGUGUGUGUGUGUGAGUGUAUGUGGGGUGUGGAUGUGUGUCUGUGUGUAUGAGUGAGAGAGAGAGAGAGAGAGCAGUGGCAUUGACCUUUCUUAUGGUGAGGGUGGGUCAUCAGAAACUGUGUUAGUGACAAGAGCAGUGAACCAUCUCCUACCCUCGUUAUGAGUCUUGAAGUGUAGUGUGACCCGGGGAGCCUAAGGAAUGGUCCUCCUCCUCCUCCUCCUCUUCCUCCUCCUCAGAGUAGAACAUGGGGGAUGUGAUGGGGAGACAAGCAGCAUUACCAUAUUAUCGUACUCAAAACAUCGCAUUUAUCAGUUCCAGGGCCCAAAACUGUUGCACUCACACUAACAAUGAGAUUCCAGUUAAGUCAUCAUUAAGAGCGUCACUGAUGUUUGUUUUCAAUAGAUGUGAGUCAGAAACCGGAAGAUACGAUGUGCUGAGUGGCUGAGUAUGAUAAUUUGAUAACGCUGGAGACAGGCCCAAGACAGUCACUAAGGACGGCAACAUCAUUCUUAUUUCCUUAGACACGGCAGUGGCAGUAGAGUGUCAGGUAGGGACUUCUUCCUCUUCAUAGUAAAACACAGAGGGUAGUGGAGAGGCCCAAGAUAGUCACCAAGAAAGAUGGCACCAGCAUUGUUAUUUCCUUAGAGUGUCAGAGACUUCCUCAUUUUCCACCCCUUCAGACUGACACUGGUGAUGGGCGCCUGUUCAUUUUUUCUUCAGGAGUUGGCCAGGGUUGCCGAGGGAUCUUUAAACAGCAAAAGGAAGGAACUUGAGGUGACUGAAGAGGAAAAUGGACAGCUUCACCUUCUUAACACCAAGGUUUCCACAGUUAAUAUUCUCCUUCUCCUCCUCCUCCUUCUUGUCAUUAGAUCUUACAUGUGUCUUGGCAGGGCUGUGUUAGGGGUAUUGGCAGGUGUCCUUUAUAAACAUGGUAUUCCUCUCUCUUGGGGAACUCCUAGAGACAAAACAUCAAAUGGUUGGAUUCUGCUAGAGGCCUCAAAUCUUGGCGUCCGUCUCUUACAUGCUCGUCUUCACCUCUGUCUAACUUUGUACAAUAUGCAGCACCGGGAUGUGUUCAGAGUCAUUUCAUCUUGGUGUUUGAGUGGUCGCUGCAAGACCCUCCCAUGACAAGCCAUGUCUGUCAGGCCUUGGAGCUUGAAUGGAAAGGUAGAAGGGUAAGGCACUGGAGGGGAAGCUCACAGAAGGCCUUGGGGCAGAGAGGGAGAGCUAGAGCCUGCACCACAUUGCCUGCACUCACACACUGGCUCACUGUUCUUGCCUGUCUCUGGAGUGGUGGUACACAGAGCCACAGAAUAGGAGCAUUUGGCCAUGUUACCAAGAGAGGCACAGUAAAUCCACAUUGAUGCUGAUACAACAGUGAGUUUUUGAUGCUCAAGGUACGUCUUCAAAAUCCUGACAAUACCUCGAGGGCGGAAAACACUAUCAUAUCAGCGUCAGUAUGAAUUUCACACGGCUCUUUUGGUAACAACAAGGCGCCUGUGAUCAAGUCGGCCACACGAUCCUAUCCUGUGCCUCUGGGUGUGCUGACCUAUAUCUUGGCAGCUCUUAGGGCUAACAAAGCUACUCCUCACCCUGGUCACUCACUCGCCUCCUCAGCUUCUCAUCUUGGUGGUGCCCUCCAGCAUCUAUACCUCAAGUUAUUUCUUUGAACUCAGAAUUCUUCAUUGUCUAUAUUUUCCUUAUCCCAAUUCCCUUACACAGCAUUUCCUCCUGGUAGAAAAUUUUUCUUGGGCAGGGCAGGGCAGGGCUUCUACUGUACCUCAAGUUUUUCCUGUGGUCUCAAAAUCCUUCAUUGUCUACAUUUUCCUUGUCUCAGUUCCCUUCCUCAGCCUCUCCUUCCUCUGCAGCUCCUGGUAGAACUUUUUUCUUGGGCAGGGCAGGGCAGGGCAAGGCAAGGCUGUACCACAAGCUUUACCUGUGGUCUCAAAAUCCUUCAUUGUCUACAUUUUCCUUGUCCCAGUUCCCUUACUCAGCAUCACCAUCCUCUGCAGCUCUUGGCAGAACAGUUUCCUUGGGCAGGGCAGGGCAGGGCAGGGCAAGACUUCUACUGUACCUCAAGUGUUUCCUGUGAACUCAAAAUCCCUCAUUGUCUCCAUUUUUCUUGUCCCAAUUCCCUUCCUCAGCAUCUCCUUCCACUGCAGCUCCUGGUAGAACAGAUUCCUUGGGCAGGGCAGGGCAGGGUCAGGCUGGGCAUCCAUUGGUCUCAAGCUGUGGGGUUAGUCUGGUGUGUAUGGUGUGAGUGGGCUGCGAGGUGAGUGUCUAGAUCUGCUUUGUACAUGAGCAUACCGUACUGGGCUGUUGUGUGUAGAGGAGCUGCUGCUGGGUGUGGGGUGUGGUGGAGGAAGCUACUCACCACGGAUCUUUUGUGGCGCACUGCUACAGCUAGGUAAAUACACGUGUGCAAGGUGAGCGUGUGUGUGUGUGUGUGCGUGUGCGUGUGUGUACCUGGGGAUUAGUUGAGAGGUUCAAAUGCAUCGUUUUAAACAUCACUGACAACUUGCAUGUUUGGUUGAUGGUGACUUUCUUGUAUUAGUGCUUGAGUACCACUUGUUUCCAUCCAAAGCUAUCAUUUGAUCAGCCGGUCUUGCUUGACUCUGGAGACGGUAUACAGUGACGUGUUAUCCUCGACCGCUGCUUGAGUUUUGUGAUAUGGCCCGCUGCAGGGCAGAGAGGAAACGCAUGAAAGUUGAGCUUAUAGUGGAAUUUAUGGGUCUUGCUUCUAUAAAGGUUUAUUACUGCUAACACAUUGGAUUGAGCCUCUUCAUGUUAAGUAGAGUCACUGAUGUUUUGCUCCGAUGUGACCCAAGGCACCAGACGUUUGUCAGAUGUUACUGUACAAUAUUGGACCAGUCCAUUCUCAUAUCUAUAAUAAAACACUUCCCUUCCUAGAGAAAUAUCUUAUGUUCCCAUCACACACACACACACACACACACACACACACACACACACACACACACACACACACACACACACACACACACACACACACACACACACACUAACACUAACACCAUAGCAUUAGUGUCACUCUCUACUCACCACCCAAGACUCCUUCCCUUACUCUUCCCGUCAUUGUUUGUGUAGCGUCUGUUUGUGCCGUGCCCGCUGCUAGUGUGUGAUGGCAAGGCUGUCCUGGGAAGCUUGACCUGCAAGCCACCACUCCUGAACACACUGACAGCCACGUUCGAUCGUACCGAGUCCCUUCAAGCACCAGGUGGGGAUAUUCAGAUAGAAAAAUAAAGUUGCUGGUCGUGUUCUAAAGUUUAUGAUUCGGUGUAUGUAAUCUCUUCGUUCUCCGUUCUUACGUAUCAUCCGUGACCGUAGUGUGCCGGGGAAUGCUAUGUAAUGCCACAAUGGAUGAUAUUGAAUUGUAAUCCAACUUGCUGCCACCACUUAUAGUCACCGAUUUUCAAGGGCAGUUAACCUAAUCUUGUGUUUCAUCCGCAUACUGAAACCAGCCGUGAUGAAUGGUGUUAUUGUCAAUUGUAAUCCGACUUGCUACCACCACCAGUAAACAAUCUUGUAUUUUGAUCUCUCACUAAAACUAGCUCACCACACACCAAAAGCAGGAUUAUGUACUUUUUUAUGAAUAGAAUUGACCCACUAAAGGCGUGCCGAGAGACUGUGUAUCGACACCGCCAAAAUUUGAGACUCGGUAAGUGACCCGUCAAAGUCAUUCUCACCAUCCAUCAAAACACAAAGGGUCGUGUGUUUGUCCAAGGAGUAAAAUAGUGUUCCAUUCAUGAGCCGUCAGAAAGCUGCUCCUAGGGCUUGCUUGUAGGAGGCAAGUGGUUAGUGUAAUGUCUUAGAGGAGGGCAACCAGAAGGGUGUCACGUUCUGCACACUAAUGAUUGACGGUGUUCACUGGGUUAGAAGACAACUGGCUCCACUAUAGUCAAAUCUUUCGGCAAGUUUCUUUGUACUAAUUGUUGGGCAAAGCAGAAACAGUGCUCUGUAUGUAAUUCAUGUUUACUUAUUUAUGCUACUCUUGCAUAACCUUCUGUCUCUACUUUAUGCAUACACUGGAGUAAGUAAUCUAGAUUGGACUUUGUAAUGGUUAUGGGCUGUUUGAGGCUUCUUGAAGGACCUAGUCAGCAGAUCUUCGGGUAUACUCUGGUGACAGUUUGCAACUAUUCUUAAUAACACAGGCUACAAAUGACUGCCAUCAAAAUUUUGUCAUCCUUAUGUUUGAAAGUUUGUACUAUUAGGUAUCAAGUCAAGUUUUAUACAUACUGGACCUCUCAUAGAGGGUUAUGAACAAAUGUUGAACCGCUUUAUAUUUGUAGCCUACAACCUUCUUUGUUGUUUUUGUAAGGCAUAAUAUGUAGUGAGAAUGUUUGUAACUGGUUUUGGAUUAGAUGUGACCUGUACUUGAUCAACGCUGGAGGCUAGUCUGCUCCAGUGAGUCCGCUUGUGCCGCCUCGGUACACGACCGCCCUGCUGCAGCCCCCACCCCCGUGUGCCGCGCCAAGCACGCCGCAGCCGCCGCCCACGCCAGACUCGGCCCCCACGACAACCAGGGAUCAUGGCUUGUACUCUGACAGGCAAACAGACAAAUUAUGAUACAGUUGACAUUUUAAUUGGUAUUUAAAAUGUUUGUAGAGGAUGUUAUGAGUUUUACCUCUGUUAUUAAUAGCUUCUAAUGCACAAAUCAGACUUUUUAUUGUUUUAUCAUGUUAUCAGGUCCUGUGUUCUGUUGUGUGUCUAUUCACUCACUGUUGCCGUUAAUCCAUUUUCUUUAUGCACACUCCAAAACCGUCUGUCAUUCUGUUUGUGCCUCUGCAUCGCACGCACGUGUUGUAACCAUCGCAGACCAUCAGCUUCCUCCAUGACACCUCAGGAUGUGCUGUGGGCCCGGGUGCCUGCCCCGCGCCCGGCGCGGUGCCGCCCAUUGUAAAGCUUUAUUUUUUUCGGCGGUGCCGCCGCUGCCCUGGCCGGCCCUCGACCUCUACCUCACGUACUUGGUCUUACACCGGUCUUAUUUUUAAUAUGGUUUUAUCUAAGGGAUAGAAUUCAUCAGUUUCUUUCCGGCAGUUUUUCAGUGAUAUUGUAUAGCAGUAGUUUUAGUUUAUUGUACAAUAUAUCUUGUUUUUAAGAUUGACUUUUUAAUAUCUACCACUGAAAACAAUAAAGAGGAGGCAGCUAGAGGCAGCUUGAGGGCCGGCCGGGAGGAGGGCCGGGGCAGGCACGGGAGCACCUGGGUGGAGUGAGUUAAGGGCUAGUGCAAGUGGCGGUCCUCAGCAGUACAAAGUGUCUCCUGUGCCCCGUGCAAUGGUCAUUAUUAUAAUUACUCUUUGACGUCAGUUCACCACCCAGUCCUCACCCGACCACGCGGUAGCACACGCGUCUAGACAUUAGUAAGGUUAGGAUUCAGUAAUAAAAUACUGCAGAUUA